CUCAGUUCUUUUCGUAGACGAUCCAAACCCUUUGCCUCUUCCAAGGCUAUCGCUGAUACAGACAAGUUGUGUUCGGGUGGCCCCUACGAGCCCGGGGUCUUAGUGAAUGACGAGGCUCUGUCCAAGUUUGGGUUCGUCUUCCAUGAUGAGGACGAGCCCAAGCGCCGGGUUGUCCAGAGUCAACUUGAAGAAGGACCCUCAGGUGAAAUCAUGAUCUCCGCGGCCGAUAGGAAGAAGCUGUUCAAGUCCAAGCCGCGAUCGGAGUCCGGCAAAGAACGACCUCCGCUUCCAACCCCCACACCGUCCGCCGAGCAUGCCCAGGCGAGUAAGAAGCGCAAGGAUGUGAGCUCCUCGAUGGAAGGGGCUUCGCUGAGCGGGGCGAGGUCUCCACCCUCGCGCUCGGUGGACUGCGGAAACCCGGCCUUCGUGAAGGUGGCGUUCCCCCUCAAGCCUUCAUUCUUGCAUGGGGACUAUGAACCUCGCCGUUUUCUGCAGAGCUUCAUCCCUCCGCCAGACCGAAUGGAGAUAAGUUCGGCCGCCUCGGAAGACCUCGCCUCCACUCUCUUGCUCGAGUUGGGCUCAGUGGCCAUGCGCGCGCCAGAGCUGGUGGAGCGCUUCGAGUGGUAUGUGGCGGAGAAGGCAAAAGGCGAAGAGGAGCUUCGGAGGUUGCAGGAGCACGUGGCUGGCCUCGAGGGGGAGCUUGCUGAUGCCGAGGAGCGGGCUCGGGCUUCAGAGCGGGCUCGCACUGCUGCUGAGGAGAAGGUACGCCGCCUGGACGAGGAAGCCGAGCACGUGGUCGAGGCCUUUCAGACCUCCCCCGAGUUCGAGGAGGCAGCUCUCGCCCGCAUGGACGAUCUCCUGAAGAUCUGGGCUCGAACUCCCGCCGGGCAACGUUUCCUCUUCAAAGAGGGGCAAGCCAAUUACUCCAUGGGUUUGCAACGGGCUCAAGAAGUCUUGCUAGAGCGGAUCAGAGAUGGGAAGGAGCUACCGAAGCCAUGCGAGAACCCUGAGGAGUUUGACUCAUCCAUCUACUACUCCGAGGACGAGGACGAGGACGAGGACGCCACUGGCGGGGGUGAGGACACCGCUGGUAACUGAGCGCAUCUGGGUCCACCGAUAAAUUCCACCCUUAGUUUUUUUAUGUACUGUUUGUUUUUUUUUGUGCUCGAACAAUGUAUUUUGCACUGCGUAACUAUUACCCUUGACUCUUUGUGGUUUGCGAUGCCUUUAUCGCCUUUCUUUGAUUCUGAGUCGCAUUUUCUUGAAUAAGUUUUGGAAUCGGAA